AUGACAGUCACCCGCUCCUCAUCCUCCCCUCUCCAAUCCCCCCCCGGAUCCCAACCAUUCAACCCACAAACCUACCUCGCCGCAGCAAAACAAAAAUUCGCCUCCACCCCACCGUCUCUGAUCCCCGACGUCCUCUCCCCAACCCCUUCCCGCCUCCUCACCUUGUCCCUGGCAGACCACAUUCCCUCUCUAUUCCCAACACCCACUCCAUCACCACCAUCAUCACACGAUGAUAAUGAAUCACCGAUCCUCCCACAAGGCCACCACCUAGUCUACUUCCCCCCCCAACUGCCUCCCUCCAAGCUCUUACCGGACGGGACGGACCCCGCGCACAGCCCCGGCGGGCCGCCCUUUGUGCGGCGCAUGUGGGCUGGCGGGGAGGUGGUCUUUCAUGACGGGUGGGAGAGGCGGUUUAGGGUGGAUGGUAGGCCGGUGGUUUGUGUCGAGACGGUUGUGCCGGAGUCGGUGGUUCUUAAGGGAGGGGCCGCGGCCGGGGUGGGUAAUAAUGAGAAGGUGUUUGUUGAUGUGAGAAGGGAGUACGGGCUGGCUGCUGGUGGUGGUGGUGGUGGUUGGGGGGGUAGGGAAAGGGAUGGGCUGGUGAUGGGGGAGGGUGGGGCGGUGGUGAGUGAGGUGAGGAGGUUGGUUUUUUUGAGGGAUCAGGAGAAAGUGGCGGAUAUGGAGAGGGAGAGGGAAAAGGAGCUCCCCUACACCCCCGAGUUCACAUACCCCCUCCGACCAGACGCAAUCCUCCUCUUCCACUUCAGCGCCCUGACCUACAACGCCCACGCCAUCCACCUGAACCCGGAGUACGCCCGCGGCGUCGAAGGGCACAGGGGGUUGCUUGUCCACGGCCCGCUGUCCCUGGUGCUGAUGCUCGCCGCCUUGCGGGCCAGCCUGAUUCAGAUCCAGCUUCAGUCGUCGUCGUCGGCAAAAAUUGCGGCGCAGUCUGCGGGGUGGGUACCCAUGACCAAGUCGAUCAACUACAGCAACCUGGCUCCGCUCUACGUGGACGAGGAGAUGAGGGUUUGUCUGCGCCGCGCCACCAAGCCCCCCGACUGGCCGGAUCUGAGAUGGGAUGUUUGGGUCGAGGGGCCGGAGGGCAGGCUCGCCGUGAAGGCGACAGCCGUUACGACGGGCAGCACACCGUAA